AUGUGUGGUGGUGUUGCUGGUACUGUAUGCGGUACCUUUGGCAGUGAUAUGAUCCAGGAGUCGAGCCCGACGAAGACAAGAGAGUUUGAGGACAUGCCUACAUUGGAGAACGUUGAAGAAGAAGAAAAAUUGGAGUUUACUGUUGGGGAAUUGCCUUAUAAGUUGCAAUGGUUGAAUGAAAGUGGGGAAGUUAGGGUGAAUAAAAGAGUUUUAAUUAAUUUCUCAAUUGGGAGUUAUAGUGACAAAGUAGUAUGUGAUGUGGUGCCUGUGCAUGUGGGUUAUAUCUUGUUAGGAAGACCAUGGCAAUAUGAUAGAAGCGUCACACAUGAUGGAUAUAGGAAUCGUUAUAGCUUUGUCAAGGAUGGGAAGGCUAUUACUCUUGCGCCAUUAACACCGGCACAAGUGUAUGGAGAUCAAAUCAAGCUGAAAAAAAAGAGAGAGAAGCCACAUGAGCGGAGAGAAAAAGAGUCAAUUGAGAGGAGAGAAAAAGAGUCAGCUGAGCAGAGAGAAAAGCCAAAGAUCAACUUCUAUGCAAAAGAGAGUAAGUUGAAAAAGGCUAUAAGCGAUAAUAGGCAAAUAAUAUUGUUAGUGUACAAGGAAUCCCUCCUCAAUUUUGAGAAUUCUAGCACAUCCCUCCCUAGUUUGGUUAAGUCUUUAUUGCAGGAGUUCGACGAUGUGUUUCCUGAGGAGAUGCCAAGUGGAUUGCCACCAAUCAGAGGCAUCGAGCACCAGACUGACUUUAUACCCGAAGCUGUCAUACCGAAUCGACCAGCUUACCGAAGCAAUCCCGAGGAGACGAAGGAGCUUCAAAAGCAAGUGGAAGAGUUGAUGAGCAAAUGUUAUAUCAUGGAGAGCAUGAGUCCAUGUGCUCUACCUGUCUUACUGGUGCCUAAGAAGGACAGGACUUGGAGAAUGUGCGUGGAUUGUCGAGCUAUCAAUAAUAUCACGGUAAAGUAUCGUCACCCAAUACCUAGGCUAGAUGAUAUGCUUGAUGAAUUGCAUGGUGCUUGCAUUUUUAGUAAGAUUGAUCUUAAGAGUGGGUAUCAUCAAAUUCGUAUGCGGGAGGGUGAUGAAUGGAAAACGGCGUCUAAGACUAAGUAUGGAUUGUAUGAAUGGUUAGUUAUGCCGUUUGGACUCACUAAUGCACCGAGCACUUUUAUGCGUUUAAUGAACCAUGUUUUACGUGCUUUUAUUGGGAAAUUUGUUAUAGUUUAUUUUGAUGACAUCAUAAUCUAUAGCAAAAACCUAGAUGAGCAUUUAGAACAUUUAAAAUGUGUGCUUGUUGUGUUGCGAAAGGAACAACUAUAUGCUAAUUUCAAAAAAUGCACAUUUUGCAUGGAUAGAGUUAUUUUCCUAGGAUUUGUUAAGUGUGAUACAUCAGGAAUAGGUUUGGUUGCUGAAGAUUGUCGGAAAUGGCGAUCUCCGGGCUGCUGUCUCUUGCAGACGGCAGCAAAAGGAAGACGGGAUGUGCCGUCUGUUAACAGACAUCCUGUGCCGUCUAUUAACGAUCGUCUGUUAACAGACUUUCGGAUGGAUUACCAUUUGGAUGCAGCCUUGAGACAGUUCUCUGGACAGUUGAUCGAUUCAUUACUGUGUCGGCUACUUAAGCUAGUUGACGGAGAUUCCCUCCACUUUGAUCUUGGGGGUAAGGUUGCUACAUUUUUUAUAUUCGAGUUUGCCCUCAUCACUGGAUUGAGAUGUACGGGCGAAGAGGCAGCGAGGGCCAGUAUUUCGACAGACAAGAGGCUGCUGAAUGAUUAUUUUAAUGGGCACACGACAGUGACACUGGCGCAGUUAGGAAAUGCAUUCAGGGGAUGUGACCAGAGUCCGAUAAGUUGA